GCCACCACAAAAAACAACAACCAUCUCAACCAUUUCUCUCUUCCCAUCGACGUGGCCAGCUCCAAAUGUUACGACGACGAUGGCCGUCUCAAACGAACCGGGACUGUUUGGACAGCAAGUGCUCACAUAAUAACAGCAGUGAUUGGGUCAGGAGUGUUGUCCUUGGCUUGGGCCACUGCUCAGCUGGGUUGGAUUGCUGGUCCAACUGUGAUGUUCUUGUUCUCCUUUGUCACUUACUACACUUCUACUCUCCUCGCUGCAUGUUACCGCUCUGGCGACCCUAACACCGGCAAGCGAAACUAUACUUACAUGGACGCUGUUAGCUCCAAUCUGGGUGGUGUGAAGUUCAUGAUAUGUGGGCUGAUUCAGUACCUGAACCUUUUUGGGGUGGCCAUUGGGUACACUAUUGCAUCUUCCAUAAGCAUGAUGGCAAUCAAAAGGUCUAACUGUUUCCAUGCAAGUGGAGGGAAAAAUCCUUGCAAAAUAUCAAGCACUCCCUAUAUGAUCAUGUUUGGUGUUGCGGAAAUCAUUUUCUCUCAAAUUAAAGACUUUGAUCAGAUAUGGUGGCUUUCGAUUGUUGCCGCUAUCAUGUCCUUUACUUACUCUUCAAUCGGUCUCGCCCUCGGAAUUUCCAAAGUUGCAGAAACUGGGAAAUUCAGGGGAAGUCUCACCGGGAUAAGCAUUGGCACGGUGACUGAGACUCAGAAAAUAUGGAGGAGCUUCCAAGCACUAGGAGACAUAGCUUUUGCCUAUUCUUACUCUAUCAUCCUUAUUGAAAUUCAGGACACAGUGAGGUCUCCACCAUCAGAAUCAAAAACAAUGAAAAAGGCCUCUCUGAUAAGUGUUUCAGUGACAACCAUUUUCUACAUGCUCUGUGGCUGCUUUGGCUAUGCUGCUUUUGGGGACUUGGCCCCCGGUAACCUCCUCACUGGCUUCGGUUUCUACAAUCCCUACUGGCUCCUCGACAUCGCCAAUGUGGCCAUCGUCAUCCACCUUGUGGGUGCAUACCAAGUCUAUUGCCAACCCAUUUUCGCCUUUGUCGAAAAAAACGCAAUAGAAUGGUUCCCAGAAAGUAAAUUCAUCACCAAGGAAAUCAUGGUCCCAAUUCCGGGCCUCAAGACUUUCCGGCUCAACCUCUUUCGGUUGGUGUGGAGGACGGUUUUCGUGAUCACAACAACUGUGAUUUCGAUGCUCAUGCCGUUUUUCAAUGAUGUGGUUGGGAUUCUUGGAGCUUUUGGAUUUUGGCCUUUAACGGUUUAUUUUCCGGUGGAGAUGUACAUUGUGCAGAAAAAAAUACCCAAAUGGAGUACUAGAUGGCUUUGCUUGCAAAUUUUAAGUGGUGCUUGCCUCGUAAUUUCUAUUGCAGCCGCAGCCGGAUCGUUUGCCGGGGUUGCUCUUGAUCUUAAGGCAUAUAAGCCAUUUAAGACUAGUUAUUAGAUGUAGGGUAAUUUUAGCCAUAGUACAAAGAUUUGUGGAACAAGCCUAAAAUGUUCAUGACAAGCCUAAAAAAGGGAAUGUCAAUGUUGUUACUGGUAGAUAAUG